GGCUGAUUGACUUUGUGGACUGGAAUGAAGAGAAAAACCCUGUGGGACCCAUAUGCGAAAAUGGCCGCCAAUCACCAAAACAAGGGCAGGAUGUGCUAGAGAAGACUUUCGUCUUGGGUGGGAAGAAAUGUGAAAAACAAGCAUUGAUUAGCAACAGCCAGCACGGUGGGUGGUGGUUUGGGGUAUGGCAGAAGAGCCUCCUUCAGUCAUUCUUCAAAUUGAGAAGACAGAGGGGAGCUCUGCUGUGUCCUUCUUGUUAUUCAAUCUUCUUCAUUGAAUUGAAGGAAGGGAAAGAAAACGCUGGUUUCCGAUGGUUCGACUGUGGAUUUCAGCGCUUCAAUUAUCAGAGCUCUUUGUGAGCUCUAUGAUUCAUUUGUUAUAUGGGUUUUACAUAUUCAGCACGGCUGUGGCUUCAGACAUGUCACAAGCUCUAAAUGAAUGUUUUAGGCCUAAUGUGAGUGUUGGGAUAAAAGAGGUGGAGUCUAGAGCAAUAACCAAGAAGAAUGAUGACUUGCCUCCUAUUGUAUUAGUUCAUGGGAUCUUCGGAUUUGGCAAAGGGAGGUUAGGAGGAUUAUCUUAUUUUGCGGGAGCAGAGAAGAAGGAUGAAAGGGUUCUGGUGCCUGACUUGGGUUCCUUAACCAGCAUAUAUGAUAGGGCUCGCGAAUUGUUUUAUUACCUGAAAGGUGGGCAAGUUGAUUACGGAGAAGAGCACAGUAAGGCUUGUGGGCAUUCGCAGUUUGGAAGGGUUUACGAGCAAGGUCAUUACCCGGAAUGGGAUGAAGACCAUCCCAUUCACUUUGUAGGACAUUCGGCUGGAGCCCAGGUGGUUCGGUUGUUGCAGCAAAUGCUAGCAGACAAGGCUUUCAAGGGAUAUGAGAACACUUCUGAGAACUGGGUACUAAGCGUAACUUCAUUAUCUGGCGCAUUUAAUGGGACGACAAGAACCUAUUUGGAUGGGAUGCAGCCAGAGAAUGGAAGGUUUAUGAAGCCUAUUUGUCUGCUUCAGCUCUGUCGCAUAGGUGUGAUAAUCUAUGAUUGGAUUGACAUUCCCUGGCUGAAGGCCUACUACAAUUUUGGGUUCGAUCACUUCAACAUGUCCUGGAAGAAAAUAGGAGUUUCAGGCCUUGUGGAUUGCCUCUUGGGUAACACGGGUCCUUUCGCCUCAGGUGAUUGGAUCCUUCCUGAUCUUACAAUUCAAGGAUCCAUGCGACUCAACUUCCAUCUCAACACUUUCCCCAACACAUUCUACUUUAGCUAUGCUACCAAACGCACCAGGAAGAUCAUGGGGAUGACAGUGCCUUCUAGCAUACUUGGCAUCCACCCUUUGCUUUUUAUCAGAGUAUUGCAGAUGAGCCAAUGGCGACACCCUCCAGACGUCCCCCUUCCCUAUAAAGGAUACUGUGAUGAAGAUUGGCAGGACAAUGAUGGGGCACUUAACACCAUUUCCAUGACACACCCUCGCAUCCCCAUUGAACACCCAAGCCGUUUGGUUGUGAAUGAUUCUGAAUGCCAGCCUCUACAACCGGGCAUAUGGUAUUACAAAAUUGUGGAAGCUGAUCACAUACUUUUUAUUGUGAACCGGGAAAGAGCAGGAGUGCAAUUCGAUUUAAUAUAUGACAGCAUAUUUGAGCGCUGCAGAAAGCACGUAUUUAGGAAAGCACCACAAUCGCUACCAAAUCAAAUCCACCAUUAGACCAGAAUGUGUUAUAACGGGAGCUCAGACCAAGGAAAGCUACCACAUUGGUCUGGCCUCCCCGCCUGAUGUAAACGUUGUUUCCUUCAAAUUCCCCACCAGGUUGUAUUUUCUAUCUGAGAUUUUGGAGGCUUAGCUCAUACCUCAGACCUCUUGGGUCUGUUUUUAGGCCAGAUGAAUAUAAACACAAUCUUCUUGUACA